AUGGUCGCUAGGAGAACCUUGGAAAAGGAGUUGAAAGCCGAAAAAAUCUGCGCUAAGCAGCAUACAUCUCGCUCUAAAGUACUAAGGGUACCACGCGACUUCCUCGUCGCCAUAGGAGGUUGGAAGAACGAUGGUCCAACUGAUAUUGUGGAAUUAAUGGAUGUCAAUCAAGAGUGUUGGAGGAGAAUACGUUAUAUGGAAGGAAAGCGAAAAAUUGCUUAUCACGGAUGUGUUGUAGUUGGAGAGUCAAUUUAUGUUCUGGGAGGCUAUGAAGGAACCGCAUACUUCAAUAAAAUGUUCUGCUUAAAUAUCAAAACAGGAGUUUGGAAGGAGUGUGCACCAAUGCAGUACAACAGAUGUUACGUUGCCGCGUGCGAGUUUCAAGGGAAAGUUUUUGCAGCAGGAGGUGCCGAUAAUCUGAACCUUCCACGCCUCAAAACUGCUGAAAUGUAUGAUGUUGAAAAGAAUCAGUGGGUUCGAAUUAGCGAUAUGACACGCAGUCGUUCAGACGCCGCAGCAUGCGUAAUGCGAGGGAAAGUGUAUGUCGUUGGAGGUUUCGAUGGCUUUCGCGUCCUGCAAACUGUUGAUGUUUACGACCCUGAAGUCAACCUAUGGAUUGAAUUUGCCCACUUACAAUCUCCUCGCUCUGGGCUUGCCUGUGCCGUAGACGAAGACUGCAUUCUGAUAUUUGGCGGCUAUGACGGUGCAAUCUGUGCAAGCAGCGGAGAAUUACUUCGUCUAGGGAGUGCACACACCACCGAACUCCCGUCACUCCCGGCUCCCAGGGCAAAUUUUGAUGUUUGUAAACUCGGGAAGUACUUCUAUGCAGUCGGAGGAUGGGAUCGUGAUGGCCUUUACAAAGACACCGUUUUCCGUUUCGACCGUCACCAGUGGGAAAAAAUCAAUGGCUUGCGUGUCGCCCGUUGUUCAGCUAAGCUAGUUGUUUUGAAAGCAUAUCCGAAUCCAUUAUCAGUACUAGAUAUGUGA